CCAAAAUAGUUGCCUUUAGUUAAAACCUACGACCACCGAGGAUAAAUACUGCUUAUCUUCUAUAAAACGAGCUGCUACAACGUUUUACGCAACUGAAUUGUAAAUAACAAAAAUACUGUUCAAUGUUUUGCUUUUUAUGAAGCAAAGGAAUGAUGUGUUAUUGUGUAGUCUAGGCCCUCUAAUUAAAUAAAUAUUUUUUGUUCAUGAUAAUUUUAAUUGAUGGCUGACCUGAGAAGUGUGAGAGUUGACCAUGGGAGUGAAUGACAAUGAAUGAGUUGACAAAAAAAGCCUAAAUUAAUAAUAACAGAUUGAGGUAGAUGGGAGAAUCUUAUCAUAUUUAGUGAUUUUGGACAGAGGGAGAGUAGCAGUUUAGACUAGUCUUAAACUCAGGCUUAGCCGCCUUGGCCUAUAAGGCUAAGGCCGCCUAAGGGUAUAUUUCUUCCGCAUAAUUAAGUAAUGUUAAAAUUUAGAUUAGUCAUUAUUAUUAAUUCAAUUCCUACUGAAAGUUAUUGUGGUUAGCCUACUUAUUUUACAAAUUAAUCAAGCUAAUUGAUUCAAAUUUAAAAUCUGUUCUUUCUAGAUUAGUAUCUAGUAUUAGCUGGUGGAAGGGGGUGGCGAAUAAGGUGACCGCCUAAGGUCCUGCAUGUAUGGGGACAGGGUAUGGGUAAUCCUCCAAACGGUGGUCCCAAAUGUCAAAUGCAUACUUUUCAUUAGAAAGUGCCCUGCUACCAGCCUUAUAGCUGCUGAUAAUUAUUUUAGCAAAUUACCUUCUCCUCGACCCUUCACUGUCAUCUGAACUUUUUAAUAAAAUAUACUUGCUCUACACAGCCCUUAUGUAUGUUGCAAAUAAGAGUAAUUAAGUAAAAAUAAUGUUGAUUUUCUCUUCUUCGACGUCCUGGUGUUAAAAUUGCCUGUGGAGAAUUCGUUAAUAUAAACACCUUUACAUUGGAUAUCUUUGUUCCUAUAGAUUUUGUUUCAUUUAUAGAUUAGAGAGGGGAUGGGUGUUGAUGGGACAGUAAAUUUGGUGGUGGGGGGUGUUUCACGUCCAAAGAUUAUUCAAAGUUAAGAUUUGGUGGUGUGGUACAGCACUAUUUUGUUUAGAUAAGUUUCAUAUUUAUCAGAUAUUUUAGAAAUAAAAAUUACUUUUAAAAUUUUAAAUAUGAAAAUGUUUCAAAACUAAUUUGUGUCAGUCAUUUGAGUCAGAAAAUACAAAAAUUAUCAUCUUGUCUAUUUUGGGAAAUGGAUAAACAUUUUUUAGGACCAUAAUUAUAAACUUUUAGUGUUACCGUUAUGAAUGAAUGAAUAUUUGAGCUUGAUUAUCUUAAUGCAAAAUAGUUAUAGAAAAUAAUAUUAAAGGAGCAUUUUUUAAUUUAUUAUUUUUGGGGUGGGGGUUAGUUUUUAUACUGACCUUAACCAAACAUCAUUUUGCCAUAGUAAUGUAUUCAUAUAUAUUGCUAGCAUAAGAAUGGGUAUGGACCAAGUGUGUUUAUGCUUAUCAGAACUCUAGAUUAUUUCUAUUCAAGCAAAAUGACUGAUUUUAAACAUAUUUUGGACAAUAAUAUUUAUAUUAAUUUAAUGUCUUCUCCUUUUAGUAUUGAAAUUUCCACACGGGGUUAGUGAUGUGUGACCAUCAUCACUUGCGUUCCCCAGCACCAGUAGGGAUAGUUGAUCAUGUUAGCAGCCUGUCGGAAAACUUUGCAGAGCUUGUUGAAACAGAAGAUUAUGCUGAUAUUACGCUUGUUGUUGAUGGGGCAAAAUUUCGCAGUCACAAAGUAAUCUUAGCAGCUCGAUCAGAUUUUUUCAGGUGUGUAACAUUAUAAUUAUAAGUGUUUCCUCUGAAAAGUUAAAUUAAUCAUGCUUGCUAUAUUGUUAGACUGUUAAAUUAAGACGAACUAACAGAACAAAUCGUUUUAAUUAUUUUUUUUUGUUGGUACUGGUGUUCAAAUUUUUCAAAUGAAAAAGACAAGGAAAACCUAAUCACUCACCUGAACUUCACAGGGCCCUUCUGUAUGGGGGAAUGAAAGAGUCACAGCCAGGCACCACAGAGAUUGAACUUCAAGAUACACCUGCCACUGCAUUUGCUUCUCUACUUAAAUACAUUUAUACAGGUCGCAUGAACCUUAUUGAGAUUCAGGUAUUAUUUAAAUAAGUUAAGGUAAAUCUAUAUUUGUGAAGACAUGAACAGUUUAAAAAUUUUUUAAAACCUUCUCAAAAAUUUAAAUUUUGCUUUAUGAAAUUUUAUUUAAAAAAUUUUAUCUUACUUUUUGUCAGCUUGUUGAUAAGUUUUCACCAUUUUUUGUUUUAAUUGAAUAGCUUAUACACAAGAUUAGUUUUGUUUCUUUUGUAAUAUAUUAUCACACUAGAAAAAGUUUCACCUCAUUUUCUUGAUGUGUUAAAUAGGAAGAAAAUCUCUUGGAUAUCCUGAGCUUAUCACACAGAUUUGGUUUUGUUGAGCUAGAGUCGGCCAUCUCUGAUUAUCUCAAGGCUAUUCUUAAUAUCAGAAAUGUCUGCCACAUUUAUGACCUGGCCAAUAUAUACAGGUUAGUAAAACUUAAAUGGAAUCCAAGGGAAGGUGCUUAAUCAGUGCAUUCACUUACAAUUGUUAAAAAAAUAGCUGCCAUUUAUAAUGACUAGGAAUGAAAGGGUGGCCGUGAGGCACAGUGAGAUACAAGACACUUAUGGGAACAGUCUGUAGUUCAAAUUCUGGAUAUUCCAAAUGUCUACACAAGCCAUUGUCCCAUGCUAGUGACAAUGGCCUCACUAUAGCUAAUCAAAUAUAGCAUGCUGAUGUCCAGUGUAUUGAGCUGUCUUGUCCAGAAAUAUGUUAUGUUGCAAAAAAAGUGCUACAAUUUGCUAAAAACAAUCUCUUAUAUAUAUUUUGCUUGUGGUGUGACUGCUUCUAUUGCUGGCUGCUUCCUAUUCCCAACCAGCCCUCCCCCUACUCAACAUGUUUUGUAUUACAUAUAAUUCUCUAUGUUUGAACAAAGUAUGGUUGAACAGUGAUUUCAAUGGCACACAAAAAUAUAAUUCACGAUAACUAUGCUAAAUAAUUUUUUUUUAAAAUAACGCAACUGCGUUUGGUGCGUAAUAUUUCCUCUUUUUUUUUGGUUGAAAAGUAGUCUGGACAUCAGAAUAUUAAUAUAGAUCACGGGGCCCAAAUAAAAAGUGUGCAGUGACGUAUCAUGGGGGGAAGAGGUGUAGCAAAAAUUGGGAUUCUUAAAUGUGCAUUACUUGAGUUCAUGUUUUGUCAAGUAACUUCAGUAGAUGGGAAGUUCACGCAUUGCUGUUACUAGUAUUUAAGGUUUGGUCAGUUAAAGCACCUUCUUUAAUAACGGUAAUAGGGGGAAAGACUGCAAUCAGGUUAGCACAAUAGGUAAUUAGUAAAACAAAGUAUGGAUAAACCUGAAAAAAGAAACGCAGCAAAACAACGAACAUGUUGACAGGAAGCCUUCGUCAGCUAACAAACAGAAAAAACAGAAUAAAAUUUUAAAAUAGCACUUAGCUGAGAAUACUGAGAAGUAGUAUCCGAGAGGGCAGCAAAUGAAUUGUCACAGAAAGUGGCUGAGAGUUUAAAUAGGAAGGAGGGAAAGAAAAGAGGAGAAGUAAGUCUACUGCGUUAGGUCAUGAUGUGGAGGGGUGGAGCUAGGCUCAAGCUGUUAAUAGAGACAUGAUGUUCAUACCAUGUGGUGUCAAUUUGCCAUAGGUCAGGAUAAGCUUGUGUUCCAAAUUCACCCGGCUGGGUGUGUUUGUGCUAGCCACUAUCGCACAUAUUGAAAAGUGAGUCUUGCCCUGGUGGUUGGUUCUAUUGAAGUGUUGGGAGACAGGACACUGUUUAUCUUGCAUAAUAUUAAAGAGGUGUUCAGUACACCUGUCACAGAGUCUGCAUCCUGUCUCCCCAAUGUAAGACAUCUGGCAGCGGGUGUAAACAAUGGCUUAGACAACAUUGUGGCUAGUGCAAAGGAAACCGUCGCGUAUCUGAUAACUGCCAUUAGGGAAACAUAUGCAUUCAGUCUGGACGACAAAAGAGCAAGUGUUGCAAGGGCUGCAUCCACAUUGUUUGGUCCCAAAGUGGGAGGGGGCAGCGUUGAUGCGACUGCGCACAAGACCUCCUUGUGGCCUCCUUGUGACUUACUUUGUUUUACUGAUUACCUUCUUCAAUAACACUUUUCUUCUGUGAGCACUUUCUAAAACUUGAUUAAAUAAGAUAAGAUUCUUUUAUUGAUCCAAAUUAAUUGAAAUGUUUUUUUAUUACAAUGUAUAGAUUCAUUUUCAGCACAUAAAUAAAUACAUGUUUUAACCAAGACAACAUUUUACAAUUAUAACAGUUUAAACACGAGACAUCUAAAGUAUUACCCUAGUGUAGAAAUCAGCCAUCAAUGAACUCCCUUAGUGACAAUAAUGUUAAUUUUCUGGAUGUAUACUAUUAAUACUAAGUUGUGAAUUUUUCCUCUGAUGCAAUUUUUAUUUUAUUUUAGUUUGACAUCUCUCUGUAAUGUCUGCAAAGAUUAUAUGGACAGAAAUGCUCAGGAAGUGCUUGGGAGUGAGAGUUUCCUGUCUCUGUCACAGGUAAUUUGGAUAAAUAAAUCCUAUAGCUUUUUACAUAGUCCUUGACACGGGCUUCUGCAAGAGUAUUUAGCACUGUCUCCAGCUAGAGUCCAACCACUGUCUUCAGCAAGGCAACAGUCCCCAGCCCUGCCCUCAGCAACAGUCCCAAGCACUGCCUUCAGCAACAGUCCCUAGCCCUGCCUUCAGCAACAGUCCCUAGCACUGCCUUCAGCAACAGUCCCUAGCCCUGCCUUCAGGAACAGUCCCUAGCACUGCCCUCUGCAACAGUCCCUAGCACUGCCUUCAGCAACAGUCCCUAGCACUGCCCUCAGCAACAGUCCCUAGCACUGCCCUCAGCAACAGUCUCUAGCACUGUCCUCAGCAACAGUCCCUAGCCCUGCCUUCAGGAACAGUCCCUAGCACUGCCCUCAGCAACAGUCCCUAGCACUGCCCUCAGCAACAGACCCUGGCACUGCCCUCAGCUACAGUCCCUGGCACUGCCCUCAGCAACAGUCCCUAGCACUGUCCUCAGCAACAGUCCCUAGCCCUGCCUUCAGGAACAGUCCCUAGCACUGCCCUCAGCAACAGUCCCUAGCACUGCCCUCAGCAACAGACCCUGGCACUGCCCUCAGCUACAGUCCCUGGCACUGCCCUCAGCAACAGUCCCUAGCACUGUCCUCAGCAACAGUCCCUAGCACUCUCUUCAACAAGAGGUUAAGCUAAAAAGAAAAUAAGCAAUAUAAAGUAAAUAAAUAAGGCUGUGAUCAAACUCAUUACAAUUUCACUUAAUUGAAUGUCUUUUAAGCUUGCAAAAAUGUAUAAAUACAUCUAACAAUGACAAUAUUGAUUUUAAAAUUUAGUGAGGUUUGAAUUUAUUACAGAGGUAAUGACUGUUCGAUUGCCUCCACCAGCUGGCAUGCUGAUUUUGGCACUACUAACUCAAUGUAUGAAAAGCAAAUUUUGCUAUCUAUGUUUUCUUACUUCAACACAUCAUGCUAUAUUUUGUUAUAUUCCAAGGCUUCCAUGCGGGACCUCAUCUCAAGAGAUUCAUUCUGUGCUCCAGAGAUUGAGAUUUUUCGUGCCGUUUGUAACUGGGCAGAGCACAACAAGGGACAAGACCCCACUCCAAUCCUUGAGGUUGUCAGGCUGCAGUUGAUGGAAAUGCAUGAGCUCCUGAAUGUAGUGCGAGACACUGGUCUUGUCUCCUCUGAUUCCAUCCUCGAUGCAAUAAAAAUUCAAACAGAGAGCAGGGACAUGGAUCUGAAAUACAGAGGCUUUCAAGGUUAGUUGCAUUCCUUUAACUUGUUUGGCCUAAUUUAUCUAGGUGGCAUCAGGGAUCAACCGAAACUCAAAAAGUGUUAUAGUUAUCUUUUACAUAACAUGUAUCAAGGCUGCCAAUAUAAAUUUCUAAAGCAUUCAUGAAAUUUCAUAAAUUGUAUAUGUUAUACGUGCUUUGUUAUAAUUAUUUAUUCCCCUUUAAAGCUCUAAUGGAUUUUCUAAAAUUAUCCUCAAACUGAUUAGCAGUUUGUAAAUCGGUUUGAAAAUCUAGCCUGUCUCUGUUGUACAUCACAGGCUCUUACACAGUAAAUUUUCAUAUACUAUCCCAACAUUUCAGUGAUGGAAGAGAAUGUUGCCACCAUUCGUCUAGGUGCAACCGUCAUCCGUGGUGAGAUGAAAACAGCACUGCUAGAUGGAGACACACAAAAUUAUGAUCUUGAUCGUGGAUUUACGAGGCAUCCCAUUGAUGGCAACAAUGGGCAUGGGAUUGUUAUCAAGUUGGGACAGCCAUACAUCAUCAACACAAUCAAACUGUUGCUAUGGGACAAAGAUAUGAGGUAUGCUGCAGCUUGGAUGCUUAAGAAACAUCUAUAAUUAAUUUCAAAUUUGUUUAUUUACAUUUUAACAGUAAUACACAUUGAGGUUAGCUAGGCUGGUCAGUUUGUACUUAUGAACUCACUUAAAUGAAAAACCAACACAUAUGUGUAAAUACCAUGCAAAUUUACCUUUUAAGAAGUUGUAUUUUUGAGUAUUGUUAUACAUAAAAAAGGGGGGAAAAACUGAUAAACCAGUUGUAAAAAUGACUUGGACCAAUAAUUUUAAAAAACAUUUUUUUGUAGUGCAUUUGAAAUAACUAGAAUGAUCAACCAUUUUUUUUUUGAAUUGUUCAUAAUAGAUGAAUUUUAUAACUUUUAGGUCAUAUUCGUACUAUGUUGAAAUCUCCAUGGAUGACAAAGACUAUGAUAGAGUAAUUGACCACACAAGCUAUCUGUGCAGGUCAUGGCAAAAACUUCACUUUCCUUCAAGGGUUGUCAAGUAGGUUUUUCUUUGAAAUUGUUCUGCAUCAAAGAUAUUUCUGUUUUUUUUUAUAUUCUGAUAACCACCUUUGAUCCCACAGGUAUACAGGUAUGUCAUUCCUGAUGGUCUUGAUUAUAGAAAACAUAUUUUAAGUUUGUUGAAUGUUUGUUUCAUGUUAAAGCAUUGAAUACAAUGUUAGAUGAUGCUUAUCAAGAUGAAUAUUGCAGGUGGAAAUUAACACAAAUUGUUUGUAUGCACCACUAAAUCUUUCUUAUAUUUAUUUAACAGACCCAGGACACUAUUAUUAGUGUCAAAUUUCAAAAUAAACUUUAAAAAUCUGCUUAUAUAAGGUUGAUCCAAGUUAACACAAAAAAAAACAAAUAAAUUUUGUGUGCAUUAAUUCUCUUUAAGUUUAAGUAAAGUGUCCCUUUCGUUUUCCUGAUGACAGAUAAAAUUCUCAAAAGACGGUGGUGACUUUGUCAGCAUUCCUGCUUGUUAACAGACAAUAAAUAGUCAUCAAAUAGCUAUAAAUUGAUAUUACUGAUUGUGCGUGUAUAAAAAUAGUGAAACCAACGGAGUUUUUAUUCUUUAUAUCAUGGAAUCAGUGAUAGGAUUAUAUAAAUGGAAGUAAUACAAGGCUGACAAAAUUAACUUACAUGUAACAUUUAACACAUUCAUUAGAACCACAUGGAAUGGCAUGAUGGCAAAUUAAAAAAACAAAACAUUUGUUACACAAAUGUAAUAUCAUCUAGGAAUGAAAUAGUGAAAUAUUUCCUCUUUUAUAGUAUUGUUUUAUAAGUUUAUAUUUCUUUGUAUUUCCUCAUAUUGUUCAACUGAUGCAACCUUUUUAUUGUUUUUCACUAAAACCUUAAUUAAAUCUUCAUGAUGUAGAGAAUAUUUACCUGUAAGCUAUUUGUAAAAAUUAUUAAGUGGCAAUAAUACACAUUAGAUUCUUACAUCUAUUUUUAUUUACUUUUAUUAGCUUGUCACGUAACCAACUAAUUUCACUGGUCAACUUCAGAAUGGUAAAAUUCAUCUGCACAAGGGGUGAACCUUAUGUUAACUGUCCAAAUGUAAUUGCAGGUUUAUCAAAGUUGUUGGUACGCACAACACGGUCAACAGGGUUUUUCAUUUGGUUUCAUUUGAAUGUUACUAUUCUAGUCGCCCUUUUCACCUGGAUAGAGGCUUGGUUGGUAAGUCUGGAUCAAAUAUCACUUACUAACUUGAUCUUUUGACUAAUUCCAUUUUAGUCAGUUAGUUCUGUUGUGUGUUGAUUUUUGUAAUUAUGUUCACAAUGAUUCAUCCAAAUUUUGCUUCUGCUAUGUAAAACCUGGGCUUAAACUAUCAUUUUUUAUCUACAGUUCCAACAGAGAAUGUUGCUACAAUAAAAAACAGUGCACUUGUUAUUGAAGGAGUUUCAAGAACACGAAAUGCGCUCAUCAAUGGGAACACCAGAAGUUACGACUGGGACUCUGGCUACACGUGUCAUCAGCUGGGCAGUGGGGCCAUCUGCAUUCAACUAGCACAGCCUUACAUACUGUCAACAAUGAGGUGAGACUCACAGUUGACAUUGGUUACACACUAUUUUUUUCAAUAACGGAAGACCUUAUGACAUUAAAUAGGCGUUAUCGUAAAUGAAUAUAAGGCAUUUCAUGUCUUCAAUCCUAUCAAAAUACAGUGGAACCUUGCGUAAUGAACUUAAUCCGUUCCAAGACUCCAUUCCUAAACCUUUGAGCCCCUGAUCCUGCUUUAUUGGUCUGCAGUUAAAAAUCAAUACCCCGCCAGACCCAUAUGUCGAUCUUUCAUAUCUUACCUGAGAUCGACAGUCUGAUAUAUAAAAUGUGUUGUAAACACUGAGGUCAGAGUUUACCAUGUGACUUGCGAAAGGUCACAGUAAUGACCAAAAAAUUACUGGUCUAUGGAAGUUGUUAUUUUUCAGUAAUGUAUGAAGGUGAUGAAAAUGCAAAAAUUUCUAUUCUUUAGCACUCAAACCAGAGCAAGUUGAUGAUAAUGUAAAUCACGAUUCCUCAAACUAAGCCCUUUGGCUGGCCCACCAGGGGUCCUUAAUCUGGCCCACCUCUCCACCCUACCGUUACCUGGGUAGCAGUGACGAAUCUGGAAAUGGAUAUUGACCAACUAUUUAGCCAAAUGCAGGCCCAUACUUCCAAUUGAAAUGCUAAUAACAUAAUUUUGUUUAAAAGUUUUCUUUAUUUAAAAUAUUGUCUUGUUUUUUUCUUGUUUAACUUCAUAUAAUAUAUAUGUGCAGUGUCCUUAGGAUCUUGUUCAUAUUAUUUUUAAACAAUAGUCUGGCCCGCUGUGUCUGUGAGACCGUGAACAGCCCCCACCCCCAGGAUUUUAAGCAAUAGUAAACUGGUCAUCUGAUUUAAAAGUUUGAGGACCUCUGAUGUAAAUGAUUCAAAGGAUUAUAAUUUUGUUUUGAAGGAUUAUAAUCUUGUUUUGGAGGAUUAUAAUAAAGCAAAUGGCCAAUGAUACUGAUGAUCGAUUGACUUCAACUAGAUCUAGUGAUGGAUUAUGUGCUUUGGGUUUUGUUGAAAAUCAGGGGCGUGAAAGUGUAAUCUACUACUACGCUACUCUACACAGAUUGUACAACAAUUUUAUCCCUGUGAUAAAUUUUAAAAUAAUAAUGGACUACUACCAGACAAAUUUAGAUUGAAACAGAUAAAAACAUUAUGUAAUUUUGGAAUUAUGGAAUUCUGUGUUUGCCUUUCUGUCGGCUUUUGGAGAUUUUCCCCAGGAGCCCGGCGGCAUGUGUGUUUUAGGACCAGGAGCCAAAGAUUUAAACGGAAAUGUCCUCUACCCAAAAUAAGUUUUCCCAUUUAAAUCUAUGAAAAUUCAAUUAAUCUGUUCCAGUCAUAGAAAUAUGGUAUGUUUACAUUAUUAAGUGUUAUUCUGAAAUGAAAGAUGUAUCAUUGGACAUAAACUAGCAGCCUCUCCAUGUCUUUAAAACACUUUGAAUUCCGUUGCUUUGGUGAAAUUUAUUCAACAAACCCCUACUGACUUAGAAGUCUUGACCUUCGGCAUUUGUACUUGGUAUUUUGGCCAACUAAUGACUAACUGCCGAGCCUUUUCAAAAAUUAUUGUCUUGCUAACACUUACACACUCUCCAACCAACAGCUUUUCAUUUAUUCAAAUUAAGUUUUUUACUUUCUCUUCCACGUUAGACAUUUGCUUUGUUAACACAGUCAUUCUGGUUUAGCCACAGCGGUUGCCUUUACUGCCUCUUUGUUCUUUAGAAUUGUACAGAUCGUCAAUUUCAUCAUAUCAUAUUGCUUGGUGAUGGCGGAAACACAUAGGCUAUUAUUAGCUUUAAAUAUAAUUUAUUUCAUUACUACAAUGAUUCCCAUUUAUAAAAUGUUUCUUUUAGGCACCAUAAUGAGGGCUAACAUAAACAAGUGCAAAAGUAACAAAAAGUAGUGCUUUUUAAACACAGUGCUCAGAGAAACUAUGCUUUCUGCAAAUGCAUUAAAGCAAAAACUUGAACCAGUGGAAUUGUGUGUACAGAAUUAUGGGUGUGUUCUUAACUUGAAGAAUGGUUCAUUAACUGAGAUGAAAAUAGUUCAAAAAGUUUGUUAGUUAACCGAUUUGUUCAUUAUCGGACAUUCAUUAUCCGAGGUUCCACUGUAAAUGUUUUAUGUUAAGAAUCAAGAUUUUUUUUUUUUAAUUUACACAGCCGGGUACAAUAUCAAAUCCAUGGCUACACUGUGCUGACAUUGAAAUAGUCAAUUUACAAUCUCAGGUUACUCUUGUGGGACUGUGAUGAUAGAAGCUACAGCUUCUACAUUGAGGUUUCGACCGACCAGCUGAAAUGGACCCAGAUUGUAGACAAGCACCACGAAGCCUGCAAGUGAGUUUCCCAGCAGACAAGAGUUGAUUUAAUGCUCAUGUAGCCAGGCCAGCUUGCCAGAGCUUGAUUUUUUACUUUUUAUUUUAUGCUUGAAUAAACAUUAUCUCUUCUGCAACUUGCUAACCCCCAAGUGGGCGGCCACCAAUCAUAUACAUUGUCAUUUUCCCAACAAUAAUUCUAAUUGUGGUUUUGAGUUGAAAGUGCCUGGUUCUCUGGAGUUUAAAAUGUCUUUGUUAACAUGCAUUUAACAUUUAUCAGCUAAGAAGUGAAUAAUGACGUCAGACCUGUUUACUCUUAUGAUUUUGGCGUAUAAUGUGCAAUUUUAAGGUGUAUACAUGUUUAUUUUUUACUAUUAAGAUAGUGUUUUGAAUGAUUUUGUGAUGAUAUUGUACGAUUUUAAGAGUUUGAGGGUAAACAGGUCUGUGACGUUUAACAUUUGUUUAAUUUUAUUCUUAUAACUAUGAUAAGUAGUAACAAAUAGUAUCUUUUUUUUUCCCUGGCCCAGAUCAUGGCAGACUUUUGCUUUUGAUCCAUUGCCUGUUACUUUUAUUCGAAUAGUGGGUACUCACAAUACUGCAAAUGAGGUAAGCUUCGCUAGUUCAAGAUAGUUCCUCAUGUUUAAUGUAUGUGAGUGCAUCAAACCUAAAAAGUUAGUUGUUCUUUUAAAAUUUCUAAGUAUGUCACCACAAAAGUUGGUAAAUCUCACAAGUUUUAUCAGAUAUGGACUUAUAUAAUUUAAGCAGGAACUGAUAAUGAGAACUAAUAAGUCCCUGACAUGGCUACAAGAAUUCACUGAAUGGCUGUUUUUUUUUCACAAGUGAAUUAAUUUAAUGUGGAUGUCUCGUGUUCAAAUUGUUUUAUUUAUGUGCUGAAAAUGUAAAAUGCAAUCAUAAAGCAUUUCCAUUUGUUUGGAUCAAUAAAAGAAUAUUAUCUUAUUUUAAAAAAAAAAAUGUUUAUUUUUUUCUUUAAGGUUUUCCAUUGUGUACACUUUGAAAGCCCAGCAGACACUGCAGUGGGGAACCUGAUCAACAGUGUGGCAACAGUCAGCGGUCCUCCCAACAGCCCCCGUCUUGGGCAAGUUCAACAGGGGCCGGCGUAUCCUAUCCUUGAUAUGGAGAGGGGCCAGUCUGUGAGUGGAAGCAGCAGUACCAGCAGCCUCAGCGAAAGUCACCUCAAUGCCGCACAGGGGGCCCUCAACGUCCCUCCUUACUAUGGGCCACCUCCUGUGUUGCACUCACAGCAACAGCAGCCCCACUUCCUCCAGCCCUCCCCGCCACAGGGCCUUGGGGAUCCCCUUCAGCCCAUGGGUCAUUAUGCAGGUCACAUGCUACAACAGCAGGAUGUCCCAGAAGCUGAUAGAGUGGACACUCACUGAAGACUGCUGAAAUAUUUGGAGACAAGUGUUUUGUAUCCUCUAUAGUUAAUUACAAGUUUCUGUUUCAUAUGAGAAUUAUUGCCUUAGAAAUCAUCAAAUUACAGUUACAAAAGUCAGGAGAUUUUAUCACCAACCCCAAAAAUAAGAAAAUACUUAUCUUUUGUUUCAUUUUAUUGAUUUUAUUAUUUUAAAUUUUUUAAAACUGGUAACUUUUUUAAAAUUAAAUUUUUGAGUUUGGUGUUUUGCAGGUAAUUUUUUAAUUAAUUUUUUUGUUAUCAGAAUUGUUAAAGGGGUCGUCUUAGAAUUUCAAUAGAGAAAUUACAACACAGCAAUGUUGUCAAGUUUAAAAUACACUCCAGGCACAAAACUUUUACAAAAAAUUUGUAUAAGCACACUUCCACCUGAGCAUGGAGGAGGAUUGUAACUAUUGUUAUUAACAAUUGAUGUUGAUAAAAUGUAGAGGUUUUAAUAAACUUUAUCUGUCUCAUGGGAACCAGCCCCCUGCAAGCCGUUACUUUUAAAAAAGUUAAAGCAAACAUUGAAACUUUAUACUUGGUACUGAUACUGUCAAACAGAUUGAAAUGAAAGUGGCAGGUUGUGCCAGUAUGGGCUUUGAAACCAAACACUUGAGACCAGUGGAGCGGCACCACAAAGCCUUACAUCAGUGGUUCUCAACCUUCCUAAUGCCGCGACCCUUUAAUACAGUUUCCAUUGUUGUGGCGA